UUCACUGAAUAAACUUUGAUUCUUCUAGAAAAACAACAACAAGUCGUCGCGCCUAGACUUGACGCAGAAUGUCUCUACGUCUGUGAGGUCAGGAGCGGGAAGCAGGAAUUUCUACAUGUCUACAGCACUUGUGUAACGCCGGUCCGCCUGUACAUACACGUCCCAGAGCGGGAGACCGAUGUCAUUACAAAGCUGGAAGGGCUUAGCAAAGCCUAUGGGGAACAGGAAACCAGCAGCAGACACAAUGACAUGGGAUUAGUAACGAGUGAAGCCCCCAAACGUGACGUCGACACGACAGAAACCAGCCGUGCCCUUCCCAACUUUCACAGGAACAUGAUGAAAGCCAGAAUGAAACAGCUCAGGUGAACUUCCUCAAUAUCUGAGAUCACACAGGAGUUACGUCGCCAGGUGUGACAUCAGCACAGACCAAACAAACGCCGAGCUUCAGGGAGGGUCAGACUCCAUCUGCACCUGCGCGAGCUUCACCUGUUUGAUGAUCUCUGGACUUUAACACUCGGGAUCUACGACGGACUCUGCACUGCAGAAGCAGAGCUCAAAAACGAGACAAAACUGUAAAGAUCUCUUGGGUUACGAAACUCCUCUAACGUUUGUUGGCUUCAGACCUCAGAUGUUCAGAUGUGGGCGUGAAACACCUGCACACCUUUCAAGAACCAAUCUUUCUGCCACCAUCUGACGCUGUCACACUACUGAAGUCUUAAGAUGCCCUUGAGGACGUCGUUACUCCGCAAACCCACAUCAGGACGCUGGCAGAAGAGGCUAUCGAACCGAAAGGAGGUUUUGUCGGUCAACAUGAUCAGCCUUCCCCUGGGUGAUUUCCGUCACCUGUCUCACAUUGGCACGAGCGGACACAUGGACAGUUUCGGAGACCUGACGUUCCUGAAGGAGGGCCACAGUCUCCUGCUGCAGAGCUCCAAGAGCGAGCAGAACCUGUUCCUCCCGCCGCCUCCCAAACCGCCCCGAGUCAACAUGGACGAAGCCGGCCAGUGCAGCCAAAUCUGGGAGCAUGCACCGAACAAUCAGAGGCAGAAGUGUAGCUCACUUCCCCUCCUGGACACAGAGGAAGACGAGGACACGUGUUCACACACAGAGACGACAGGCAUCAGCGGGAGUCCUGCUCGCGGAAGCCUGAGCUCCGGACGGGAUUCGACCCAAACAAACCCAGAGGAAACACAGCCGGACCAAACGGACUCAGCGUUCACGUUCAGUCUGGAUCUGGGACCGUCAAUACUGGACUCUGUGCUGCAGGUGAUGGAUAAAGUCCAUCAGUCGUGAACUGGAAACUAGGGCUGUCAAAUAAAAACUCUAAUUUUGAUAUUUGUCGAAUAACCGAAAAAAAAUCCACAUUCGAAUACAAAAACGUUGGAUUGGGGUGGUAUCGUAUCGUUUGCGAUAUAUCGGUAGAAUUAGGAUAAGAAUUAAGGUCCUUGCACACAUUUUCGUUUUUGUGUAUCCGUCAUCAUUUCCAAUAAAAAUCUUGUUACGGAUGCAAAAUGCUACAAAUCAACCCUUCU